AUGAUUUUUUUAAGUAUUUUAAUAUUAAUAGUGGCUAAGGCCCUAAUUUCAAACAACAAUUUAUCACCAGUAUUAUUUCCUAGAAUUACAGCUAUAAUAUUUAUUUAUGCCGGAGUAUUAUCUUUAAAUACUUUUUAUAUUCAGUCAAUUGGAUCAGGUAUAGGAAUAUAUAGCGGUUUAUUCCACAUCACCUCUUUUUCUCAAUUCAUAGAGUUCUUUAUCUAUAUAAUAGGAUCUUUAAUUUUAAUAGCUUGGCCUAUUUUAUCAGAAAAAACAAUAGGUUCUACAGUAUCUUCUACUCCUUCAAUAGAAAACCUUACAAGUAAUAAACUUUUAUUAUUAGAUUUUUAUAAAAGUAAUUAUUUCGCAGAAUAUUCUUUAAUAAUCAUUUUUAGUAGUUUAGGAGCUUCUUUAUUAAUUUCUUCCUCUGAUUUAAUCUCUAUUUAUUUAAGUAUAGAAUUACAAUCUUUUGGAUUAUAUAUUUUAGCUACUUUAUUUAGAGAUUCUGAAUCAGCAACAUCUGCAGGAUUAAAAUAUUUUUUAUUAGGUGGAUUAUCUUCUUGUAUCAUCUUAUUAGGAUGUGGAUUAAUUUAUUCUUAUACAGGGUUAACAAAUUUAGAUUCCAUAUAUAGUUUAAUUUCAGUAUCAGAAUUUAAUAAUAUUAUACAAGGUUUAAGUUUAGGUUUAACUUUAAUAUUUAUAGGAUUUUUAUUUAAAAUAGCUGCUGCACCUUUACAUAAUUGGUCACCAGAUGUUUAUGAUGAUAGUCCCACAAUAGUAACUACUUGGUUAACUAUUAUGCCAAAAAUAUCCAUAUUAUUUUUAUUAUUAGAAAUCUAUACUCAAAUAGGAAGCAAUGUUUAUAAUACAAUAAAUAUAACAAGCCUAUUAUCUCUAUUAAUAGGAACAAUAGUAGGAUUAGCUCAAACAAAAAUAAAAAGAUUAUUAGCAUAUAGUACCAUAUCUCAUAUAGGAUUUAUUUUAUUAGCUUUAUCUAUAAAUACCGAACAAUCUAUAGAUUCUUUAAUAUUCUAUAUAAUUCAAUAUACAAUUACAAAUUUAAAUAUUUUUUUAAUAAUUUUAGGUUUAAGUUAUAUAAUAAAAAAUUCUAAACUUCAUUAUAAUAAUUCUUUCCCUGUAAUACAAUCUGUAAAAGAUAUUAAAUUUAUUUCAGAAUUUAAAGGUCAAUUUUUCUUAAAUCCUUUACUUAGUUUAAGUUUAUCUAUUUGUUUAUUUUCUAUGGCUGGAAUGCCUCCUUUAAUUGGUUUCUUUUCAAAACAAUUUGUUUUAUAUUCAGCAAUGCAAAGUGGAUAUUAUUUUAUCGCUAUUGUAGCUAUAUUAGUUAGUGUAGUUAGUGCUUCUUAUUAUUUAAAAAUUAUUAGAGUUCUUCAUACCUCAGUAGAAAACCCAGAAUUAGAAUUAAAUACAAACUCUAAAAAUUCUGUCUAUUUACCUAAUGAUGUUAAUAUUUCAAAUAUUUCUAAUUCUAAUAAUUUAUCUUUUAAAAAUGUUAAUUUAUUAACUAAUUUCCAUAGUUUCCUAAUAUCUAGUUUAACUUUAUCUAUUUUAUUAUUUAUUUUAAAACCUUCUAUAAUCUUAAAUAUUACUCAAGUUUUAUCUUUAUCUUUAUUUAAUUUUUAA